CUACUCGCGAUGACGAUAGCGAACAUACUGUUGCAUUGAAGACAAAAGCAAGAGAAGAAUGGCUUCGACUAAUAUUGCGAACAAGGGAAUUGACGGCGGAGUUAAAGAAACGUAUCGAGGCGAGCAAUCUCUAUGUUUGCGAGCUGCAUUUCAAGCCAGAUUGCAUUUUAACAAGUAAGUUUGAGUUGAUAUUUGCGCUUGAUAUUCAAAUGCGACAUGGCACAAUGACCACAUGACGUCGUAGAACAAAGAACUCUUUAUACGAAUGUUAAUGUGUCUCUUAUGUAAAUAUUUAUACCUAUCUUUAGAUCCGAAAAGAAAAAUUCUUGUUACUGGCAGCGUUCCGACCGAAAAUUUACCGAAGAGAAGCCAUGAAAUAGAGAUAAAGGAACGGCGAACCUUGGUACGAACCCCUCUCGUGGCCGAAGAUAAACCAUCUACUUCUGCUUCGUCGUCGUUGUCGUUGAUUGAUAUUGUCCAAGGUCACGAUGUGCUAGAACAGCUAGAUGAAGAGUCGUUUGCCCCAUGGGAAUCCGAAAAGAUGGAAAACGGUGACAUGAAAUUUAAGUUGUGUGAUGGUGUUCACAGUAUUGCCAAAUACACUGUUAGUGUAAAUUCAGCAUUGGAAUUCACUGUUAUGGUAUUCCAUUGGCCCCUGCCAGAGGAUCGCACCAUUUACACUGAGAGAAAGCGUUCAAUUAGAGGUGAGGUGGUUAAGAAACUUCUGUCGUUAGUUGGAUUGCCUGAAGAUCAUCUGACAAAAUCGGUGGCCCUUGACCCAACCUCGGACAUCACCCAUCAACUUCCAGGGACAGUUAUCCGACAUUCAAUCCCCAAACGUUUAUCCCCAACCCAUUUUGAGGUGUCUGUUAACUAUCGUUCUGUUGAUUGUCGAGUAGUUAUGGACACUUCUAACCCUGAAGACGAAUCUUGUCGCCCAUGCUCAAGUGCUAGAAGUAUGCUGGAGAGAGCAGAAAGGAAAAAGUCAAUGGCAUCAUCAACCCCAGCCAGAAGCAAGGCAUCCCUGAGUGCGUGUGGGCCUGAAAAGUUACGUGCUACUGUCAUCGAGACGAGACUGAAGUGUAAGACAUUAGAAGAUCAGCUGGAAAAGUUGCAAAGAAAAGUUGAUGAUGAGGGAGUGAGUGUUAGCGAUUCGCUGGAGAAAGACCUUCUCAAAAUAAUGGCAGGGCAAAAUCUGGAAGCUACUCCGCAUAUGAAGUUCUUCUGGCAAGAGCAAAUGAAGCUUCUGCAAGCCAAGAAAAUGGGAAGGAGAUAUCACCCUCAGAUCAUUAGAUUUGCUUUGUCCCUUCCUGGAAAGUCGCCAUCAGCAUAUCGGGAGCUGAGAGAUAGUGGUGCAUUAAUCUUACCAAGCGAGAGAGUUCUAAGGGACUACAAAAACUAUUUCAAACCAAAGGCAGGAAUCAACAGUGAGAACAUUGAAGAUUUGCGAGGAAAAACUGCUAACUUCAAUGAUUUGCAGAGAUAUGUUGGGGUCGUCAUGGAUGAAAUGAAAAUCCAAUCAAAUCUUGUCUUUGAUAAGUAUUCGGGGGAUUUGAUUGGAUUUAUUGAUCUUGGGGAUCCGAUGACCAAUUUUGCCAACCUCCAAGAAGAAGAUUCCUUGGCCAGUCAUGCGUUGGCAUUUCUUGUAAGAGGAAUGUGCACUGACUUAAAACAUGUCAUUGCAUAUUUCUUUACAGGAAAUGUCACAUCAUUCCAGUUAAUGCCCAUUUUCUGGAAAGUGGUUUCUACUUUGGAGAUAUCGCUGAAGCUGUGGGUGUGUGCUGCAGUAAAUGAUGGUGCUUCUCCUAACCGCAAGUUCUUUCGCCUCCAUGCCAAAUUAGCAGCUGAUCUGAAGUGUGAUAUUGUAUACAAGACACCAAAUCUUUUCGCAAUGUCACGCUUCAUCUACUUUUUUGCAGAUUCCCCUCAUUUGAUAAAAACUGCACGGAACCGCUUAUACAAUUCUGGGUCUGGUUCAUGUAGCCGUUACAUGUGGAAUGAUGGGAAGUAUCUUUUAUUCAGGCACAUUGCAAAUCUGUACUACAGCGACCAACAGUUUGCUCUCCACACUCUUCCCAAGCUGACGUUGGAUCAUAUUGUUCUUACGUCGUACAGUAAGAUGAAGGUAAUAAAUAAUACAGUACUAUUUGUCUAAUAAACAUUCAAUGACACAGACAGUUAAUUCACAUACAAAUGCUUUUCAUUUUUAGGAACUCUAGUAAAAUACAUAGCAGAUGGGCAGUGUAUUUGGAUAUUAAUAUGGCAUUUUUGUUGUUACUCUUUUUAUUUAUUUCCUCCCUAAUUACAAACAGGAGAAUAAGCAAAUGAGUAACAACAAACUGUCAUUGUUGUAAAAUAUACUGUAUGGUAGCAAAUAAUUAAUUGCAUUGAUUUUUUAUUUAUUAGGUGAAGUUGGCUACCCAAGUCUUAAGUACAUCUGUUGCUAUACCACUGGAAGAAAGUGGAGAUGAUGAUGUCCUUGCAACAGCAAAUUUCUGCAAAAUGAUGAAUGAUUUCUUUGACUGCACAAAUGUGAGGUCAAUGACUGAACAUGUCAGUAAAAGAAAUCAAUUCAUCAAGCCAUACACCUCCCAAGAUGAUGAGCGAUUCAGCUGGCUGAAAGAUGUGUUCUUGGGGUACUUGGAUAGUUGGAAAGAUUCGACAAUGACAAGAGAUUGCGAAUACUCCGCUAACGACAGAGAAAAAAUGUUUCUUUCCACCCAGACCUACGAGGGUCUCAAGAUCUCUGUCUACUCCCAUAUUGAGGCAAUUCAGUUCUUGCUUGCUCAGGGAUUUCAAUACGUUCUCAGCGAGAGAUUUAUGCAGGAUGUAGUUGAAGACUACUUUGGGCACCAAAGAGCAAAAGGUGGACGGUCAGACAACCCGACAGCACAACAAUUUGGUUAUAAUGACCUCACUAUCGCAGCACAAAGGGAUAUUGCACCAGUUGUACGUGGUAAAGUUGGUGGUCGUUAUGGGAAAGAGAAGUGGUACAAAGUCAGUGACGAACCAGUGCAUAAGAGAAAGAAAAAGGAGUGA